AAUAAUUUAAUAUUUUUCCUUUUUUUUUCAGAACAUAACGACAUUGUAUGGGUUGAAAUCGAAGAUGGAACACAAAUGCCAGCAAGAGUAAUAGAUUUGCGUAUGCGUUAUGAAUUUGAUGAAGAUGAAGGUUUAGGAACACAGUUUGUACAACAAGCAAUUAAUUGUAUGCCUGGUAGAGAAGGGAGCAAUGACAAUAAUAAUAAGACACUUGUUGUUCUGUUUGAUAAAUUAAAUACUUGGAGGUGGGUGUCUAAUAAUUAUUUGGAACCUUGUGAAUUUUUGCAACUUGAUAUUUCUCAUUCACAUUAUAAUCAAAACGUUUUGGAAGCAUUGGCUAAAGCACGACAAUUUUGGUAUGGAUAG